AUGGGGGCACUGGGGCUGGAGUGCCGGGGUAGGAGGCCCCAGGGGAAGGGAUGCCUCCUGCUGGCUGUCGCAGGAGCCACUUCCCUGGUGACCCUCCUGCUGGCUGUGCCUAUCACUGUUCUGGCUGUGCUGGCCUUGGUGCCCCAGGAGCAGGGAGGACUGAGUCCGGGGAGCUGCCGGUGGAGGAGGAGGCAGAAACAGAUCUCAGCCCCAGGCUCCCGGCUGCCCACCUCAUUGAGGGAGCGCCAUCACCCGGCUCCCCCAGCCCGGCUGGACUCCUGCAGUGGGUUAAAAGCCCCAACUGUCCCUCAUGCCCACCCUCCCAGAAGUCCCGGGCCUGGAUCACUCCUUUCAGGAUCGGAUUUCCGAGAGCCAACCGGCCCGUUUCUCUGCAGGCGCUUGGACCAGGGGGCAGGGGCUAGGCUGGGAGGCGAAGAAAGAAGAGGCGUUUCUGAGGAGCGGGACGCAGUUCUCGGGCGCCGAGGGUCUGGCCCUGCCGCAGGACGGCCUCUAUUACCUCUACUGUCACGUCGGCUACCGGGGCCGCGCGCCCCCUCCCGGCGGGGACCCCCUGGACCGCUCGGUCACGCUGCUCAGCCGGCUGUACCGGGCGGGGGGCGCCUAUGGAUCGGGGAGUCCCGAGCUGCUGCUCGAGGGCGCGGAGACCGUGACCCCGGUCUUGGACCCCGCCCGGAGGCACGAGUACGGGCCCCUCUGGUACACGAGCGUGGGGUUCGGUGGCCUGGUGCAGCUCCGGAGGGGCGAGAGAGUGUACGUCAAUAUCAGUCACCCCGAUAUGGUGGACUACAGGAGAGGAAAGACCUUCUUUGGGGCGGUGAUGGUGGGGUGAGGGCUACCCGCGUCCCUAAAACGACUACUGCAUGGUGGGAGUAUGUGAACGAAUCAGCCUAGAUAUUGGGGACCCAGACACCAGGGACCCCAUGGCCGUGGCGAAAAUGUAGAAGACUGUUUGGAAACUGAUUUUGAGCCUGGUGAAAAUAAAGAAUGUAAAGCUUUAGUGCUGCCGGUACAGA